CGUUUCUUUGUUUUCUGAUGUUCCGACCUUAGAUCAUAUACUAAAAUCACACGCCACUUUUCGUGUCCCCGACUAUUAAUAGUAUAUGAUCGAAGGUUCCGACUUCAUAUAACAGGUAAACUCACGAUUAAAGAUAUACAGGUUUCUCACAUAGACCUUAUACUAGUAUAAGGUCUAUGGUUUCUCAGAGAAUAUCUUUAAUCGUGGGUAAACUAGAACCCGGUCAGCCUGCUGAUCCAGUGUCGCUUCUAUAUUGAUUAUUGGUGUAUGUCACCUCCAAAUGAUUUUCCCUGCUCCCAAUGACGUAAAUCCGGAAAUGUUUUCGGAAGUUCACAUUUUAAUUGUGUCGUCACAAUUGUGAAAUUCGAUUCAGUCAGUUUCCAGUCGUGUAGCUUGCUUAAAAUUCGUUGUUUAGCAGAAUAUAUUUAGUAUUAAUUUGGAUUUACUAUUUACACUAAUUUGUGUGGGAGUGGGGGGAAGCAGUCGUACCAUACCUAUAGUUACAUGUACGUUAUUACGUAAGACCGUAAGCUAACAACGACGCGUUCCUGCAGUGGGCAGUGGCUACCUGACCUAUUAUAUGGCUUAUUAUUGUUUCACACGUGCGUUGGAAAAUAAGCGGCUUAGAUAAUUUUUGUUGUGUUGAAUUUUAGUUACCUAUACAAUAUUUUCUAUUUAGGUAUAAAUGCGUUCAUCUGGACGAGUAGGCUUUUUCAGAUUCCGAACGAACCGAAAACAACAACAAUAUUAUACCUAUGUCAAUCGCCGACGACGGUUGUCUGUGAUUUGAAUUCUAUCACCGUCGACGGUAAUCGUGUGUGUUUCUAUGGCCAAACACCACUAUUAAUGAUCUUCCUGCCGUGGCUGUCGAUGUCCUGAUUAAAUGUUAUCUGCGACUUGCUCAUCUGCCAACUGCCAAAUACUGUAAUAUUGCGGUGUGCGGACAAGCUACACGAAUUUAAGAUUUGAUACCAAAUUUGUUGAAUUCCGUCCGUCCGACAAUGGCUGAAAUUGUAACAAUAUAUGACAAAGAACUUACACUAGCAGAAUGUGUUGCCUAUCUAAAAUUUGAAAAUUAUGGCUGGCAAACUAUGUACAAAAAUUAUAUGUCAAAUGUUAUUAAAGCUCUUGAUAUUCAUAGUGAUAUAAGUCGUUUGUAUUUGCUUAUCAAACUUGAUGUAACAAAGAAUAACCUCGAUGCAACUCUUUUUAAAAUACAAUAUGAAAACAAAUUAAUUAUAUCUCCUGACGCAGUACAAUUGACUAAAAAUUUAAAAGAUAUUAUACCAGAUGCUGACCCAAUUUACUUGGAUAUAGUUGGAGAAUUUUAUGCCAAUAAUGACAAUAAACUAUAUGAGUUCAUUGAUCAAAUUACAACAAAUAAAAGACACUAUCCUAAACUAAAAGAGUACAAUGAACACGUUAAUCAUUUGGCUAUUGUAAAGAGUUUAAGAAAUGGUUUCACAGUUCAAGAGUUUUUAAAGAUGUGCCCUGAUCCAGUUAAUUACUUCAAAAAUAUAAAAUUGAAUUCAAUGUCCACACAUUAUAAUGAAUCACUGUCUUAUUUAAGUGAAAGGUAUAAUCUUGUUUCAAUGGCUAAGCUCCGCACUGAGUUGCUUAAACAAAAAUACAAUUUAACAAAUACUGUUGAAUCUUUACUAGCUGAUCCUUCACCAGUUUAUUUAAAGAAUAAAAGAAAAUCAUUUGGUAGUCAUCAACUAGUCAAUUACAAGACAACAGAAAAUAUUGAAUUUUUAAAAGAAAUAGCAUACCUUGAUCAUAAAGAUGAAAUUCUGAAUCAUAUAGAGUCUGUAAAAACUGUACAUAGAAUUCAAGUUGAACAAGCUAAGUCUAUUGGCAAGUUAAACACAUGUGGAUGUUGUUUUGAUAAUGAACUAUUAACCAGUGAAGUUUUUUCCUGUCCAGCUGGACAUAUAUUUUGUUCAGCAUGUAUAAAAAAAGGUACAGAAGUUGCUGUUGGUGGAAGUAAGGUAGAUAUUAAAUGCUUUGCUGAUUGUGGUGAGGAAUUUAAUUUAACAAUGAUAAAAAGUAUUGUUGAUGACAAACUAUAUCAACGUAUAAUGAGGUUGAAGCAAGCACAAGAAAUUAAAGCAGCCGACAUUGAAGGACUUGAAACAUGUGCAUUUUGUGAUUACUCUGUUAUUUUGUCUCCUGAUCUCAAAAUUAUUAACUGCUUGAAUCCUGAAUGCAAAAAAGAAACUUGCAGGCAAUGUCGGGAAGAAAGUCAUUUCCCAUACAGAUGUGAUCAAAUUGAAAAAGCUCCAGAAGUAGAAGUUAGAACAAUGAUUGAAAACAAAAUGACUGAAGUACUCAUAAGAAUUUGUUAUAAUUGCAAACGUAAGUUUGUAAAAGAAGACGGAUGCAACAAAAUGACUUGCAGCUGUGGUAAACAAAUGUGCUACAUAUGUAGGAAGCCAGUAGACUCUAAUUAUGCCCAUUUUUACCACCAAGAAGUGAUGGAAAAUAAGUGCCCGUUAUACACAGAUGAAAAUAUUGUACAUACUACUGCUGUAGAAGCUGCUGCUAGAUUAAUAAUAAAUGAACUGAAAAUAAAGAAACCAGAUUUGUUAAGAAAUAUUGAUAUCAAUAAGAUUUUGCCAGCCUUAAAAAAAUCAAAUAACUCUCCAAACAUUCAGGAAUCUGCUUUAGAUAUAAAUAAAGUAGUUGCUACAGUCAUUGGUCAAAACGUAGAAGAUAUUAAUAAUCUCAAAGAUAUGAGAUCAUUGGAACCUAAAGUUAAAAAACGAAGAUAUUAAAUUGCAUUUUAUCAACAGAUUUUAAAUUGCAAAUGUUUAUAAAUGUUACUGAUUACUAAGUGUAAUUUUAAGAUCGGUGUUCUUAAUUUUUAUUUUCAUACUACCAAGUUAUUUGUGUUAUUUAUUUUUUAAUUAUGUCAUAGUCAUUCCUUAUAAUAUAUUAUAAUAUAGUUAAAAGAAAAAUAUUUGUAUGUAAUGUAAUCAAAUUUAAAUUGGAUGUAUUAAUAGAAUAAAAAUAUCAAUACAUUUACCAUUUACUAUCUUAAA